CUUUAAUCAAUAAAUUGGCUUUAAAAAAACAAAGCAUAUCAUUCACUAAAGAAUAUUAUGUAUGGGAACUAUAUAUGUUUGCAAAAAAAUAGGACAUUCAUAUAAAACCAAAAAAAUAAUUAGAAAGCUCGUACACUGUGAUUAUUUUAUUUGAUUAAGAAACAAAGUAAAAUAUUAAUACUUCAACACUCACAAUCUUGAAUAAUUUAGAAAGAAAGAAAAAUAAACACAAGGCCUCACAUCUACCUAACCUCUCUAAAUGGAAGAAGAAAAUACUUUUGAGCAACAAUUGAAAACCAUUCAAAAGAAAUUCAAAAAAAUUGAUAGUGGUAUUAUUGUCAAAUUGGGUGAAAUAUACAACACACUUUUGAAUACCCUAAAGGCAUCAGCUCACUCUGCUACUCGCAGCAACAUCAUCUUAUAUGGUCUGCCUGGCUCUGGUAGAAAAUCAGCAGUUAGAUAUGCUAUAAGCGAGAUUUUUGAAAGAGAUACUAUGCGCUUAAUUCCUAUUUGGAUUGAUGCUGGAGUGUUUUAAACUGAAAAUGAAUUUGCACUUGAGUUAGUGAGACAGAUUAAGGCCCAAAUAGACGAGGAAGUUGAAUUAUCAAAAAAUGACAUCUUCGACUAAAGCUUCACAUUCAAGAACAUCGAAGGUUCCCUAAAUAGCUAAGAUGGAAUUUGGGUUCUAAUAGUUGACAGGAUUGAAAACUUAGUUAGUUAAAAGAGACAAUCAGUUCUCUAUGCUCUUCUUGACUGGCUUCUAAAUAACCAAAAUCGCCUUACAUUAAUUGGUAUUACUUCAGAUUUAAAAUUUAGUGAGAAACUAGAAAAAAGAGUUAAAAGUAGAUUCUCAGCAGAUCACUUGCACUGUAUGGGAUAUGAAAUAUAAGAUUGUGUCUAAUUGAUAAAAAAAAGAUUUGAAAAAAUAGGAGAUACAGAAUCAUGCUAAAAGCUAAGCUAACAAUUGUUAAAGUGCUUUGAUUCUAAGGAUAUAUAAAAGUUGUUAGAUUUGAACAUCGUUUAAUUGAUGAAACCUAUUUAAUAUGUUUUAAAUGUUAUGUCAACUAUGCUUAACUUAAUUGAUUGUAGAGUGUUAGAAAAUAAGAUAAAAACUAAUUUUUUAUCUUAAUACGUUCAUGAUUUGCUUCAAUAGGCUUUAGAUUUGCAUCAACCAUUUACUGGUUUAAUGUAUGUUGAAAAUUUAUCUGAAGCUGAGAAGUAAGUUUUGAUAUGUGUAGCAAGAUUGAUUUAGCAUGAGAAAUAUCCAAUCACAUUUAACGCCAUUUAAAAUGAAAUUACAUAACAUAGAAAAAGGAUGUAAUAAGGAACCCACAUUUUCUUCACAUCAAAAGUAUUGUAAAAAGCUACAGAAAACCUUAUUCAGCUAAAAAUUUUAAGAUUACAAGAUAACGAAGAAGCAGAAGCUAACGGAAAAUUAGACGAAACAAAAAAUAUAAUAUUGUUAGUUGAUUUUCAAUAACUAAGAAGUUACUUAUUUGAAAAUGCUGAUAAAUUACCUGAAUCUUUAAAAGAUUUAGCAGAAGUUUGAUUUAAUUAAGAUCUCUCAACUCACAAAAUAUUUAUAAUAGUAGCCUUUUUUAACUUAUUUGAACAAAAAUAAUCUCUAUUUAGCAAAAGCGAGUUUAUAGUUCAAAAAAGAAGUGUAAUUAAUCAAUGAAGGAAUCAAAAUAAUUCUAACUCAUCUGUGGCCCCCUCUUCCAUACAAACACGUGCUUUGAAUGGAGCAGCGAAAAAAAUAUGUAUUAAAAUAUAAAAUAGAAUAAGAAAAGGAAAUCUAGAAUGUGUAAAGAAUUGCUUGCAAGCUUUAGCUAGUUUUGUUUAGAAAUAUUGCUUGCUAAUUAAAAUUUUUGAUAUUAAUUAAAUAAAAAAUCCUCGUUUUGCAAUUUUAUGUAAUAUCUAUUAUAUAUAUGUGUACUAUUUAUAAAAGCUUGGUGCUCUGAAUUAAAAUGCAAAACAUUCUAGAGAAAAGAAGGACAGAUGUAAGCAGAAGGAAGAGGAAAGACUAUUGGGUGGUGGCACAGGAAACAAAAUUAGUAGUGAAUUGCGAAUUUUAUGAAAAAUAGAACAUUAUAAAUUCAUCUUAACAAAAUACUACAAGAAUUACAUACAGACAGGUAAGAAUAAACAAGCCAGGUAUUAAGCAAAGGAUUUUAGAAGGAAAAUACAAAAAAAAUAAUAUAAUGAAGCAAGCAAGCAAACAAUGUGAUAAAAAAUAAAUUAAUUAAUUUGAAUACAAAAAAUCUUUAAUUAAAAAUUGCUGCUUCUUGUUUUUUGAAAUUUCUUGAUCUUUUAAUUUCUAUCAAUUAAUUUCUUUCAGAUUUAAUGACGAAAAGAAGAAGUUAAUGAUUGAUUUAUUGAUUAGACAUAAAGAAAAAAAGCGAAUUAUAUUAAAAAAAUAAAAGACUCUAUAAUUAUUUUUACUAAACAAUUUGAUUGAUCAAUUGAUAGAUCAAUCAAUCGAUCCAUCCAUCGAAUCGAAUGAUUAAAUUAUUUAAUUUACUUUUCAAAUAUUUUUCACUAAAUCCACAGUAAUUCUAAUAUUUUAGGAUUUAUUCUUUCUUUUAUUCAUACAUACAGAUGGACUGAUAUUUAAGAAUUUUUUAGAAGAUUACUAUAGCUUAGAAAAGAAAGAAUUUAUGAUGCUAUCUAAAUUAGAAUAUUUUAUAUUUAGCAUGAUUGAAUUUCAAAUAAUUUAAAAUCCAUAAGAUUUUUACGAAUUCGCAAAGUUUAAAUUCGCUGCUAUUUGCGCACUCAAUUUUAGUUUGUUCUUUCUUUCUUCCUUCUCUUUCACAUUUUACUGAAAAUUUAAUGCAAAAUGAACAUAAGAAAGAGUUAAGAAAUUAUUUAAUAUGUAAUGAGAAUAUCCUGAAAUUUAAAAAAUUUUUUAAUAAGAUUUUAAUAAUUCGAAUAUAUUUUUUUAAAAAUCUACUUGCUAUUCGCUUUAUUAUUUUACAUACAGAAAUUAAUUAAGUUACGUUUAAUCCUUUUAUUUUUGCAGCUUAUGUUGUAGGAAAAUCAAGAAAAUUGCCACAAUAUACAAUAAAAAUCAUUUUUUUUGUUACUUUCUCAACUGCUACAAAUUUUUACUAUUGAAAUUAAAUAUAAUAAAAUUGUAUAGAGAAAGUAUGAUGCAGCAGAAAAAUAAACAACAAAUAAACAAAUAAAAGUAAUUAUUGCAUGAAAUUUUUAAAAACAAACAAUAAAUUUAAGUGUUCUGUUUUAUUUGUUAAUCUUUCUUUUUCUUUCUCGCUUCCCCCUUAAAUAUAUUAUUUAAAUGAUGAAUUGUAAAAAAAGAUGUAUAUUUUAUGUGUUUGUAAUCAGUAAGAGUGGGAGGAUUGCGAGAAAGAAGAAGAAGUAAAAAAAACAAAAUAAAUGAAAUGAAUUUUUAUAUAUGAAUGAUAAUUAAAAGAAUAUUUACUUUUUACUAAUUUUAUUAUUUGCUUACGCAUGUCAUACGAAAUAAUAACAAUCUAUCUAUCAAUCAAUUGCUUAUAACAGCAAUUGUUAAGAAGAUGGAAACGAACGACAGUAAUAGGUUGGGAAGGGGAAAAAAUAAAAAUAAUAUAUACAAGAGACACGCAAGCAUUCACAGCAAAUAAAAUUUAAGAAAAGAAAAAAAGGGAAAAAAAAAAUCAAAUAAUAUCAAAAAAUAAACUAAGACGUAUUCAAAAAGAAAGAGGGAAAACGCGGUCUCAAAGAAAAAUUAAAUCAAAUCAAAUCAAAAUAAAAUAAAUAUGUUUGUUUGCUAGUUUUUUUGUGGGGAGGGGAGAAAUCAUGCAAAAUUUAAUUAAAGAUUUACAUGAGAAAAAAAAAGAGGAAAAAAUAAAUAUUUGAUUUGGUAAGGAGUCUAUAAUCAAAGUUAAUUUUAUUUGAAAAAAUCAAAAACAGGAAGUGUAAGUUCUACGAUGAGUUGACAGGCUUUCUAACCUGCUUUUUUUUAAAAUCUUAUUCUGUGCAAAUGUGCAUUGAAAUAGACUAACUCGUAUGUCUCUAUCAGACAGCGCGUCGUCUACAUCAGAGAUGAUUUUUAAAUUUUGAAGAUAAUAUUAAUUAUUACUUUAAUUCUACUCUUCCUUCUCCAAUUCGAUUAAGAGAAGAGCUGGACAUAACAAGAGAUUAAUAUCAAUAGAUCACCCUAUUUAAUUUAUUUAUAAAUUCUAUCGACUUUAUUUAUAAUAAUGAUGAGCUCACUUAAUAGGAUUCUUUAUUUUUUCUGAUUAUUUAAAUAUAUUUUUAUUGAUUUAAAGGAAUCAAUCCAACUAAUACUCACUUUUUUUCUAAUGCACUUUUCAUUUUAAUUGAUUGGUAUGCUUGAAUACAAAGCAGAUAAAUGAGGGUUUGUUUAAUAUAAUUUUUUAAUAAAAUAGGGAAAGGUAAAUUCAUUUGAAUGUUUGUUUGUUUGA